AUGAACCCGAGUGACAUACCCUUCUUGUCCGCAACCGAACUUGGUGCAGCCAUUGGCAGGAGUGACAUCACUCCUCUGGAAGCGGUGGAUGCUUAUCUGUCCCGGAUAUCGGAAGUCGGCCUCAAGCUAAAUGCAUACAUCACCGUUUGCGCCGACGAGGCGCGGGAAGAUGCAAGGAAGGCUGGCGAAGAAAUCGCAAGGGGGAAGCCUCGGGGGCCCCUGCACGGUGUGCCUGUAGGGGUUAAAGACCAGAUUUAUGUCAAGGGAAUAAGGAAUUCCGACGGUUCCAAAUUCCUCGAAGAGUUUGUACCGGAUUACGAUGCCACCGUCGUCGCAAAUUUGCGACGGGCGGGAACCAUAAUUCUUGGCAAGCUGAACAUGAGCGAGUUCGCCAUGGGGGACCCGAUCAGUUCCUAUUUCGGCGCCGCACGCAAUCCCUGGGACCUGGAGCGCAAUCCUGGUACUUCGAGCACUGGUUCCGGCGCUGCAACUGCCGGGUUCCUGUGCGCCGCAUCAUUGGGUGAAGACACCGGUGGUUCCAUACGCGGUCCGGCAGCUAACUGCGGGCUGGUGGGACUACGUCCUACCUGGGGUAGGGUGAGCAGGUACGGCGUAGACGGGGCAUGCUGGUCGGUCGACACGAUUGGUCCCAUCUCUCGCACGGUGACCGAUUGUGCCGCGACCAUUGGCGCCAUCGCAGGACACGACCCCAACGAUCCUUAUACGGGGAGGGUGCCUGUCCCCGACUACAUUUCGGCACUGACCGGGGACAUCCGGGGACUGAAAGUAGGCCUCGUGACCGAACUCAUGGAUACGGCUUCGGGCCUGGACCCGCAAACCCGUGAUGCUGUGGCCGCCGCCGCCCAGGUCUUGGCUGAGUUGGGUGCAGAAGUCAAGGUGGUAUCGUUGCCCAUGGCCCAACAAACGGGCCCGAUUGUGCGAACCAUAACCCAUACCGAGCGCGUGAGCCUGCGGCCCGAAUGGGUACGGGAACGGCCGGAAGAUUAUCACUUCAACACGCGGAUAGCCUUCAUGACCGGGAACCUGAUACCUGGUCAGGUCUAUUACAAAGCGCAGAAACUGCGUGCCAUUGUCCGGCAGCAGGUACUGGACGCCCUUAGGGAAGUGGAUGUGCUGAUUCAGCCUACCUCCUCUGGUCCCGCAGGGAAACUGGACUUUACAACGGGUGUAGCCAGCAAGGAAGCAGCGGCCCAGGCCCUGGUUGAGGGCAGCUAUCGUGGGCCAUACAGCCUGAGCGGAGCGCCGGCCCUGUCCAUACCUUGUGGCUAUACAGACCCGGGCGACGGCGGUCUGCCGCUUGCGUUGCAGAUCGCCGGGCGACCAUACGAAGAAGCUACUGUGCUGAAUGUUGCCUACGCCUACGAGCAGGCUACACCCUGGCACGACCGAAAGCCGCCAAUUUAG